GCCUAUUUCGCCGGUGUCAAAGGUAUGCUUCUUUCUCUUCUGGUACUUACUCCAUAUGCAACGUCGGUGUGAGCUCGCGAAUAGAUGCAGGGAGCUAGUUCUUGAGGUGGCCAUUUGGAGACGUCUGCCUUGGGAAAUCGCCAGCAGACUGCAACACCAUAGCUAUACGCAGGACUUCAUCCCGGCUACCUUCUGUUUCUGGUAGAUGUCUUUGCAGUGUAGAAUCAUAGCUCUAUAGUAGAAUCAUAGCUACAUGUAUAGUUUCACAUGUACAGGUGUGGUGUAUUAAAAGUUUAGUUGAGACCUUCAUCGAAUCAGUAUAGAGUCCCUAAACUUCAGAUUCGUUUGAACAUUGUACUUGUGGCUUCUCCCAGUGCCGCGCGCACUCAUCAGACUAGUCCUAACAACUUAGUGCCGUAGUACUAGUACUAGUAUUUCGAGGGUGUUUCGUGUUGUUGGCGUGACAAAAUGGCCUGCGCUUUGUCGUGCCUGCGUGCCUUCUUCAUCAUUCUCAGCAUCGCCUAUGUGCUGGUGGGCCUUGCUGGUGGCAUAGCAUCUGGCGUUUUUAUCUACAUCUGGCAAACCACAACUGAGAUCAAGCAGCUCUUCGAGUUGUCCAACAGUCAGGAGACCUUUAAUCAUGUGGUUAUUGCUAUGGGUAUUGUGACUGCGGCCUUCGGGGCCAUGCUUAUCGCUGGCUUCGUUGGCUGCUGCGCCAUGGGCAGGCGACACCAUAAUCAGUGCUGCCAAGAUGUCCUGGCCUUCUUCGCUCUUCUCAUCACGCUGAUGUUCACUGCCGCCGUUAUACUACUGGCGGUCUUCAGGAACAAGCUGCAUAACGGCGUCGAGACGGCCUUCGAGGUCAAUAUGCAUGCCUAUGGGAACGUUGGUGGUGCGGUGAUCGGAGACGUGGCGGACAGCGCAGUGCGUGCAUAUGUCGACACGACACAGCAGAGUCAGAAGUGCUGUGGUAGCACUGGAUUCGAGUCCUGGAAGACGCUGGGCACGAGCUGGGCCACUGCCAACCCCAUGGACCUUGCACCAACGUCUUGCUGCUUUCGACCCGAAGACGCCCUGUGCAACAGAAACGUAGCACAGAUGUACACGCGCGGCUGUUCCAGUGUGGUGGGCGACAUCUCUUCCGAAGUUUUCACUGUCAUCUACAUCGUCGGUGCCGUCAUCGCCCUUGUGUCGUUGAUCGAGAUGCUCACGGCAUGUUAUAUGGCGCGAACAAGCAACAAGGGCGGUGGCUGCUGCUGCUGCUAGGGUAGCUCAGGGAGCCCUACAAUGUACACAUAUGCGCCGUACACACACGCCUCUCGGUAUGUGUGUAGGGCUCUGUGUUAUCGGUACAUGUCAUUCAGUGUCCCCCAGCACAGUAUUCCCAAUUCUCAAUUUCACUCGGUCUUGGCCUUACCAUUGCUGAUCAAACUCCACAGAUCCUCUUGAGAUAACACUGUUCCUGGUCUAUAUGUAUUAUAAGGAUAGCAGCCUAUGCUUGCACUAUGUAUCUGAUGUAGCAGGAGUAGAGUGGUUUGGUUAACACGAAUCGUCCUAAAUGCAUAGGCAAUGCUCCUCGAUGUUCCUCAGUGUUCCGGACCAUUUUUUGGAGUGUUCUGUGUUUCAACUGCUCUAUUUGGUCCCACUGUUUUCAGAAAGUAAAGUUUCAAUGACAGAAUACACUUGGCACAUUGAGUAUUUGUAUACAGCAUAAACAUCUACUGCCUUUCAAGUUACGAAUUUAGUUGCCUUUUAUGGUGCAAUAAUUAUUACGAAGACUUAGGUAGGAUACUGUUACGGCGCGGUGCUCUUUUUUUCAAGUAUUAAAUACCGGUCAACUGA